UUCCUCCCCACCUGCCACCACCUCGUCGCUCCAGAGCUCCAUCCGCCUCUCCUACCUGCUCAAGCAUGCGCCUAAGCCGUGGUCUCAGGAGCGCCUGGCAGAUUCUCAUCUGACCCUUUCCCGGGGGCAGACCCCUCGCCACGCCGCCAUGCCCGUGGCUGAGUCUGACUCCAUGCUCGUGCCGCUCUCACCUGCCGCCCAGGGGAAAUCGUCAGCGCCAGCCAGUGCCAUUGAGAGCGCAGCACACGCUCCUCCCCAUGCAACUCCCUCCUGCCCCCCACACUCCCAUCGCCUUCCCCUCGCUCCUCCUCUCGCCGCCCUCGUGUGUGAGUGGCGCACCGUGGGUGGGCUGCUGGCGGCGCUGCUGGCGCUGCUCGCCCUGCCAUCCACGCCUGCCCGCCUCCUCACACUCGUGCCCGUGGCUCCGGUCAUCGGCACAUGCAUCGCUAUAUCGGUCCUCCUCGUCCCCCCCUCCCUGCACCUCCACAUCCUCCUCUCCCUCGCGCAUCCCUCCCGUCGCCCAUCUUUCCCUCCCCUCCCGCCCUCCGCCCUCCCCUUCCUCCGCCGCCUGACCACCCUCGAGUGCUUCUCGGCCUGCCUGCUCCUCGGGUGGUCCUACCUCCCUUCCCUCGGCCCCUCCUUCCCUCUCCCCCUCCUCCUCCUCGCCCUCCUCCUCAACCCCUUCCUCCUUCGCCUUCUCCCCCCCUCCCCCCGCUCCCUCCUCUCUCCUCCUCUCCUCCCCUGUGCUGCGACUCGCAAAGGCAGCGGCUUCAGCAGCAGGGGAAGUGUCAUUAACAGCAGCAGUGGCAGCAGCAGCAGCAGCAGCAGCAGCGCGCGUUGGCAGCAGGAGGUUGGGAGAGGGUGCGGGAGUGAGGGAGGGGAUGGCAGCCAUGGCAGCUGGGAUGCUGGGGAUGGGACGGAUGGGCGGGUGGAAGAGGUAGAGGGGAGAGGAGGGGGGAGAGGGGAGGAGCACAGAGGCAUCAUGGAUGGAGGGGAGGGGGGGGGGCAGAGAAGGGGAGUGAGAGUGCGGAUGGGGAAUGGAGGCGAAGGGGCGUGAAGAGGCGAUCAAGGGGGGAAGGACAAGAGGGCGAUAUGGAAGCCGUGCAAUGCAGGCAGAUGCAAGGCCAUGAGGGUGGGGAUGGGCAUGCGCAUAGAUCUCCCAAUGCGGGAUUGCAGAGCGCUGUGGCAAUGCAUGUGGGAAUGCAUGUGGGAAUGGCAGCCGCAUGGGGCGCGCAUGACACGUCUUCUGAUGGCCAUGACCCACACGCCCGCCUGCACCAUCCACGCUAUCCUCUUGACCGUCCAUCGCCUUUCCUGCGCCAGCCAUUUGAACCCGAACUGUCUGCCCGUGGCAGGGCGAGGGUGGACGGGGAGUGCAUGGGCGGGGGAGUGCCUGUGGUGGACGCUUUAGAUGGGGAGGACGCGGAUGAGGAGGGGGGUGGGGGGAAGGGCGACGAGGAAGAGGGGGGUGAAAGAGAGGAGGUGGAGAGGGAACUCGAGGAUAUCGCUGAGAAGGGCGCGCAGCAGCUGGAGGGGGAGGAGCGAACACCAAGUGACGCGGGUGCCACCCCGUCGCUCCCUCCCCCAUCGCUCCCUCCCUCGUCGCUCCCUCCCCCGUCGCUCCCUCCCCAGUCGCUCCCUCCCCCUUCGCUCCCUCCCCCGUCCGUCCCUCCCCCGUUCUUCCCUCCCCCGCCCGUCCCUCCCCCGUCCGUCCCCCCUGUCACGGUGCACAGCAGCGCCCUCUUCUCCCCCGCCACCAUCAUUGCCGCCCUGGCGGGCAGCUCGUCCACCAGGGGGAGAGGCAACGGGAAGGGCGGAGGAGGGGCAAGCGAGGGUUGGGAGGGGAAAGAGGGAGGGGGGACGAGGAGGGUGAAGAGGCGCGGGAUUGGGGCAGAGAAGGGGGAAAGGAUGGCGGGUGGGCAGGAUGGUGGGACGCAGGGGUUGAGAGGGAUGGCCACGGUUAUGUUAAUGGUGAUGUUCGUGGUGACACAAAAGGGGAACUCGAGGGUGGUGUGCACGCAGCAGCAGAUAGUGGCAGGUUGACUGAGGCACUGAAAGGUAAAAAGGCGAUGGAUGGAGGCACGCGAGCGGCAGACAUUGGUGCUCGGUUCAGAGGGCUGCUGCAGAAAGGGAGAGAGGACGAUGGGGGGAUGGGAGGCACGGUGGCUGUUGAGAGGAGCGAGGAAUCAGAAGUGGAUGAGGAGGACGAGGGGCAUCUGGAGAGUGAGGAGGAGCAAGAAGAGACAGGAGAGGAGGAUGGUGAAGGGGGAGACGAAGUGGAGGGCGGUCCAAGUGACUGGACAGGCACGACUGGGACAGGAAUGAGCGAGGGAGAGGAGGGCGCGGGUGAGGCGAGUGAAGGGGAAGAGGAUGGGGGGGUGGAGUGCAGGAGAACGGAAACCAUAAGGAGCGAGGAGGGAGAUGAGGGUGGGCCGAAGCACACAGUGGAUGCACACAGGGGGGCAGCAGGUGGCUCUGGAGGGGCGGUGGGUGGAGCAGGGGGGGUGGGAGAGGAGGGACGUGAUGAGGGAUCGGAGGAGGGACACGAUGAGGGAUCGGAGGAGGGAUCCGAGGUAGGUGGGGUGGGGGGUGGGGUGGAAGGGGCGCAGGAGGCAGCAGUGGCGUGGGGGAUGGCGCAGAUGGCAGCAGCUGAGGAGCCGACAGGGCUUGGCGGGCUUGGAAGUGGUUUGGGGUCGGGGGCUGGGGUGAGUGCAGAAGGGGUGGCGAGGCGAGUGGGUGUGUGCGUGGAGGAGGUAUCGAGCAUCAUCGGGCGCAUGUCGGCCGACGUGGUGUCGUGGGCGCCCUCCACGCCCUCGCCCACGCAUGAGCGGAGCAGUGAGGAAGAGAGAGAGGGGGGAGUUGCAGGAGGGGCAAUGAAGCCGGGGAAGGGCGAAGGGUGGAAGGCGAGUGUGGGUGGGGCAUUAGAAGCAGGGGGAGGAAGAGGGGGGAGAGCAGUGAGUGCGAGGGGGACACAUGGAAUGCUCUCUGGCAGUGGUGCCAGUGGUGCCAGGGGUGCUGCUGCUGCUGCCAGUGGUGCUGGUGCUGCCAGGGGUGCAGUGGCUGCGGUUGGGGGUAGUUCUGCUGGUAGUGGUGGUGCUGCUAGUGGCGGUAAUGCUGUGGCUGCUGCUGCUGGCGGGCAGGGCGAGGAUGCCAUUGUGGCGGAACGGGUGGGCAUGGGGGGGCGGGCCGGGAAUGUGAGGGAGGGAGGGAGUGUGGGAGGGAGCAGUUCAGGUUAUGCUGCGAGUGCGAGUGGCAGUGCGGACAGCACACGGCAGCAGUCACUCGUGCCAUCAGCAGAGUGGUCCCUGGAUCCUUCAGCUGGACUUGCGACAAAGAGCACAGUCAGCAGUGAAAGUGGUGGUCGAUCAGGAAUAUGCCUGUAUGGCUCAGUGGGUAUGCAGCAUUAUGCUCAUGCUGCCACUGCUCUUCAUGGCUCAGCCAUUCCCAAUGCUUCUCGUGCGAUGCGUGCGCAUGCAAUGCAUGCCCAUGCUGCACGCAAUGAUGCUCUGAAUGUUCACACCACACGUGCUGCCAUACCUUCCUCCUUGGCAGCUACUCAAGCAGCAGAAGCGCAUGCAGCACACGCAGCACAUGCAGCACAUGCAGCACGUGCCCAUACCACAAGUUCAGCCAUCAGCCCCGUGCUGGCAGCCCAGCAACCACACCCUCCCAGGAACCCCCCACACACCAGCACCGCCCCUCAGGGCAGCAUGAGAGGCUCGGGCGGCGUGCCUCCCCUCCAGCCUCCUCUGCGGGCGGUGAGAGGAGGCAAGCGAGGGGUGGGGGAUGGAGAGGGGGGCAGGGUGGGCCGGCAUGUGGAGGCCACGCACCCUUCCCUCAUGUUCCUGGCGCGCCGUGCCGCCACGGCUGCCCAUGCCCCUUGAGACCCUCUUGCUCGCAUGAAGGUUCACAUCCUCUAGCACGGCAUUGAAGUGCGCAUAUUGGACUAUCUUGACCUCGUUGUCAGACCAAAAUGUCAUGUCUUUCCUGAUUACAGCUGAAUUUUCUAGCCUUGCGUAACUUACAUGACCCUAGAUUUUGAGCUGUCUACAAGAAAACCACCUUAUCUCC